AUGCCACCACUUGUCAAUCAACACUGGCCGCGGCUUCAUCAGCGGCCACUGGCGCCUGGGAGAUUAACUCGGAGUCCUGUGCACAAUAAAUUCUCCCAUCUGGUACGUUGUGUCUUCUCCUGUUAUUUGGAACUUCGUCUGAUAAUUGUAGCGCUCUGAGCACAUUCCCUCCAUAUACACUGCAAUCCACGGGCCAUCCUCAACCGUCGAAAACAUCAAUGAAGUAGGAUGCAUGACAUGGGCAUAAUGUGGAGAUGCACAUCCUGCUGGAACCCCACACGGUCAUGUACUCAAGGAUUAAAUAAAGCAUGAAGCAUUUGUCUCUGCGACAAUCGAGUCUUGGAUUGACAUGGUAUGGGGAUACAUUUACUCUCAUAGAGGGCUUACCAGAACAUUUGUAUCAAAUGGUUCUAUUGACUUUGAUCCAAUAAUAACUGGCCAAGCCGUCGCUUUAAGCUCAUCGUCCCUUGUUCUUGUGGAAACCUGGUGCAUCUUGUAAGUUGAGCGCGUUGUGCGUAGGUAGGCCGUCAAACCUUGUCAGCCACUGCACCCGAAACUAUCCUCAGUCGUCCUGACAUUUUUUGUCCUUGGGGCCUGGUGGGCAGGAGAUGCUGCGAAAGUCUGCCCCAUUAUAAACUAAUUCGCGUUUAAGUCACCAGUGCUACACCAACCCCGUAGGACACGCGAUUGGUGUUUUUCGCAACUGUCACACCGGACUCUAUGGACUAGACCCUCUGAUUCCAAACUCCAGAACAAGCAGGCAGCAACUGUUUUUUGGACAUUAUGUUGUUUUCAUACAUUAUGAGCACUCGCGUAGCCACUGGGCGGGCGAACUUUGGUCCGCAUCGGUAAGUCGCGCGUCCGGGUUACGCUCCGAACUGAAUUAAAAUAACUGAUCUGUUCAACAGUCUUAAGUCAAGCAUCUAUGCGAUCUAACCAGGGAGUCGACCACAUUCCAUAUGAAUGUGUGGCUGCUCACUCGUCAGCACCGUCGCUUACCCACGCCGCCUCCCGUUCGCCUAACGCGUGACAAGAACUGCGUACGCGCGUGGCCCAAGCCCUGGCUUGCGAUACCGUGACGCCGAUGGAUUUUCCUCACUUGAACAACUAACUGCAGCCGGAGGGAAUUUGGGUACAUACACCUCGGUCGACACUUGCCUGGUGAGAACGCCGGUUGCAACUGCUUGCGGCGCUGCGUGCACACUCUUGGCCGCAGUAAGAGAUUAUCCAAUUGUCUCCCCUGCCACCUGAUUUGGGAACUCUCGCGUGUGCCUUUCAUUUCGGCUACUGGUUACUCCUAACAGAUGGUAAAAAUUCCUCUCAAAUCCGCGAUACAGUCAGGCGUUGAAAAUGGCAACAUCCCAUCCGGAGUUCAGCGUAUUUUUUGAUCUGCUUCUAGCACGCAUUCGGUCGUCCAACUUACGUUUAUGACCGAACGGCUUAUGGAGAUGCACGGCUUCGCCAGUUGCCACUCGCUGCUCUUUUAACUUCCUCAAUUUCCCCUGCAUGUCCCCUCGCCCACAUGAAAUGUGAGAUUGUGAGGCUUGCCUAUGCUAUAGCUUUUCAUAAAAACAGAGCCUUUCCCCUAUUUAAGAGCCCCCUGUGACCAUUUGCCCGGCACGAACAGACUGUACCAUCUUGUCGCAAGGCAGUCGCCACCUGGUGGUAUCAUAAGGCCAUUGCUGCCCAAGCCCGUCGCUGCGUCUUUUCCUGCUUCUUAUUCUCAGAACAAACAGGUGAGACGGGUCGGCCCGAAGGCCAGUGUGACCAAUCUCUGUGGCAGCUCUAACCCUGAUCGACCCCUCUACGUCUACGACAACCGGCGUAACAGAUGGUUUCUGCCCAACAGUGGUGCUCAUUUGGGUAUCGUUCCCCUAACAUCAGCCGACCAUCGGCGACCCGACCCCUGCCUCUUCCCUCAGGCCGUCAACAUGUACCUAAACGCUACCAUCGUCACCUGCUUUCUUCCCUGGACGUCGGUCCCAGGUGUCUCUUCCCUGAGGUGUUUUUCAUCGCUGAUGCGCCUUGUGGUAUACUUGGUGCAGACUUCCUCGCCGCAUUCGAUCUCUUGGUAG